GCCGCCCUGCCGGGAAGGAGCCCGAAGAGGAGUCAGCGGCACAAAAUGGCGGCGGCGGUGGCGGCGGCUGCUACGGCCGUGGCCGGAGCCCCGGGGCCAGCGGCCCCCGCAGCAGCCGCCGGGACCGCAGGCUCGGGGAACACAGCCCCGGGGUCGCAAGGGGUGCUGAUUGGGGACCGGCUGUACUCCGGGGUGCUCAUAACCUUGGAGAACUGCCUCCUGCCCGACGACAAGCUUCGCUUCACGCCGUCCAUGUCAAGUGGUCUUGACCCCGACACGGAGACGGACCUCCGCGUGGUGGGGUGUGAGCUCAUUCAGGCGGCCGGCAUCUUGCUCCGUCUGCCGCAGGUGGCCAUGGCUACUGGGCAGGUGUUGUUCCAGCGGUUCUUUUACACCAAGUCCUUUGUGAAGCAUUCCAUGGAGCACGUGUCGAUGGCCUGUGUUCACCUGGCCUCCAAAAUAGAAGAGGCUCCGAGGCGGAUCCGGGACGUCAUGAACGUGUUUCACCGCCUUCGGCAGCUGAGAGAGAAGAAGAAACCUGUGCCUCUGGUGCUGGAUCAAGAUUACGUGAACUUGAAGAACCAGAUCAUAAAGGCGGAAAGACGGGUCCUCAAAGAGCUGGGUUUCUGCGUCCACGUGAAGCACCCUCACAAGAUAAUCGUUAUGUACCUUCAGGUGUUAGAGUGUGAGCGUAACCAACACCUGGUCCAGACCUCAUGGGUAGCCUCUGAGGGUAAGUGACUAAGACUUCUCCUCUACUGUCCACGCGCUUCGGUGCAGGGACAGCGGCCGUCCUCAGCCACUGCGUGCAGGCUCUCCGCCGAAGGCCGGCCCUAGAUGGUGGUACGCUCACGGUAGUCUAGUGCUGGCCCGCUGCUGCUGUGGUUCUGGCGGUCGCGCUUCUCGUUAACCUCUGUCGUGCUUGGGUAAUCGUACUGACUAGAUGGGGUAACUGUCUGGAAUUGGAGUUUUUGUCCCUUUAAACCGCUGUACCUACCUGUGCAAUAAAGAUGCAACACCUUUCUUCGACAAAAAACUAUUCCGGAAAGCUGUCAGAGCUCGCUGAUGGGGUGGAAACUUCAGUUGGGGGUUUUAGCAUUUCUUCUGCAAGUCCAGGUUUUUCCAGCGCCUGAGUGUGGCGCUCUGGUGAAAGGUUUGCAUCUUUAAGCUCUUCCAGGGACAUGUUUACAUUGUAACAUUUCAUAUGUAGCAAUAAGUUUAAAUGUAUAUUUUCAGAACUUUGUUUUGUUUUUAGUACUUUAAAAGUUAAUGGAUUAAUAUUAUCACUAUUUGAAUCCUGAAACUUUAUUAUUAGAACUGAAAUGUUUAUAAAAUGUUGAACUGUUCACUUGCAAUGCUCUGGUUUGUGUGGCCUUGGUGCCGUCCCUCAGCCCCUGGUUCUGGGUUCCCUCCUGGUGCCUGGAGCAAGAGCUGCCAGAGCCGGGGCCGCCUGCCGGCGUGUCUAGAAUGUAACCGCUGUCUGUUCCCCCCGGGGCUUAGGAGCAACGGGCCAGGGUGGGCGCGGGGCUGGAUCAGUCAAAUCCCAGCAGGGUUUGGCCCCCCUGUGGGCGCAGCCUGGCACUGGUAUUGGGGUGUGUUGGGAGCAGUGACUCUAGGACCUGUUUAACUGUUUUCUCAUGGAAUUAAUCCUCUGUGUGUGCAGUAUUGAUAAAGUUUAACAUGAGGUCUGAUUUUGGUCUGUUAAAUUUUAGAGAAAUAUAUAUGAAGGGGAAUGUUAAAUGUAGCCUAUUUUAAAGUUCUUUAACUUUGGGAAAAUGCAAAUGUUUUGUAUUCCUCUAUUUCCUAAAGUAUGAUAAAGUUUUUAAAUGUACUGAUUGUGCUGAAACUUGUAGUAUUUUGUUGCUGUUGUUUGAUUUUAUGAAUGUUCACUUUAAGACUUUUUGUUGCAAUGGGACAGUUUGGAAGCGGGUCUUUGCUAAGCCUGAGAAGAGGACUGCUCUCUGGGCGCUGAGCCCCCCCCUUCCCGCACAGUGUUCCCGGGCUCCCAGGGCGUCCCCCCCUCCCGCGGACUCCCUGCGGAAGAAGAAGGGCCGGGCCGUCCUGAAGGAAGGAACGCCUUGAAGGAAGAGGAACUCGAGAGGACGGCUGGUCUCGGCAAAGCCUUGUGGCAUCGUGCUCAGCAGCCCAUUGAGUUUGCAUGUUUCUCUGCACUACGGAUUCUGAGCGUUUAGAUCUCUCUAACCCAGCACUUUCUCGCCCCUCCGGUAGCUGUCUUCUUCCUGAGGCAUUGUGCUUUGCAUGAGAGCAGGCCACAGUUGAGAGGGAAAAGUAAAGUUAAAGUUGGUUCUCUUUCAUAGCAACACGGAUUGUCUGACAUUCAGCCAGCUUAAAUUUUUUUUUUUUGCCAACAAUUUCCCUUCUUCCUGUCCUGUGUUCAGAAAAAGCAGUUAGCACCUUUGUCCCUAACUCGAGGGUCACAGGACUGCGUAGCUCCAGCCCCAGCAAUAGCCUCCUUAGAGGAGCAGUGACCUCCCCAGAUGA